CCUCUUUCUCGACCUCUCAACAACACCACCACCUAACUACCUCCUCCUUCUCCUCUAAACCGUCAACCUCCUAUCUCCGACAAAGCUCCCAUCUCCCACCCACCCUGCCACCUUGUCACGGUCUCAAGGGGAAGAGACUUUGCGUUCUGGGCAAAGUUUUACUCUCCCCUUCUAUUUACUUUUCCGUUUCUUCCCUCUCCUCCCCCUACGCCCACGAUCCCCGCUGGCGUAGGUCCGGCCAACCAUGCAUCGAAUAAGUAAUUUCACCGGAUCCGCUCGCCAUGGAUGGGAGAAGGUUACGCCGGCGGCCUUUGGAAUGGGAAGACCACACAUGGACAUGCCUCCGAUCUCGUCGCCGUCCAUCAAGCGUCCUUUAGGUACUACGCCCAUCUCACCCGCGACGCCUACCGACACCAUUGUCAACCUCUCCUUUAAUGUGCCCUUCUCGACAAAUUUGCCUGGGCCCGACCCUGAUGAUAUCCUUCAUGCCAGCCCUGGUGCUGUUGAGCGAUGGACCUUUCCCGAAGGAACUGAUCCGACCACGCCUACUCAUCGACUUCCCGUCCACGUGAACCACAGCGAGAUGUUACGGAGACUAUGCCGUGAGAUCACCGAGGCCAGCAGUGCUGGUGGCCGAAGACUAGAAGCCAGUGUGACCUCGUCUGAACCAAAGCCGAUUCCGGCACUGCAACAUCGACCUUUGAAGGGUUUGGUCACCAAUGUCUGCCUGUCCGGCGACGCGGAUACUGUCCAGAAGAUGCGUGGCCGGAUCUUGAACGAGACACCCGUUGCCUUGAAAUGUGCGACUGUUGAUGUUGAUACCAACCUGGUCGUUGAUGCCACCACUGACGCUGUUCGAGCGAGCGUGCUUGACCACUUGGAUAUCAUCGCCAAGUACACUGGAACCGACAUUUUCUUGCUCAGCCCCAAGUCUUCUGAUGCCGAGAUUGCUUCGAUUGGCUUUGGCGGCACUCUUGAAAACAGUCUUCACCAGCGUUUGCGAGUUGCCAUUUUUGGUGACAUGGAGAGCUCGGAGCAUGCGAAGACGCGUGUCUUGAUUAUGAUUGAUCAGAUUCUGAAACGAACCGUUGACGUCAUGAAGCUGGAACUGUCCAUGCACACGCUCAUCUGCGGUCGCACUCGAAAGAACAUUAAGCUGAUUGAGUCAGCCACGGCCACGGCCAUUUAUUUCCCUCCGCCAUUUCCACGCGUCUACGGAUACACUCCGCCUGGUGCUCACCGUCGGAGUGAGGAUGAGGUCUUUAUCACCGGCAAGACGCCAGAGAGCAUUGUCCUCGCCAAGAAGAAACUUCAUGAGCUAGUCGUCAAUACCAAAUGCUACGUCAAAGAUGUCAUAGUCUCUUCCAAUAAGAUUGAUAGUAUUUUACUCGACCGGCUGGAUAAGGUUCGAAAGGUUAUGGAGAGUAAUGGAUGCUAUGUCUUGUUCCCGCAACUCGGCACUCAACGCGGCAUCAUCCGGGUUCAAGGCACCGAGAUCCUCCAUGUCGAACGCACUGUCCGCGAGAUCAUGGCUCUUGCUGGCCAAUUCUAUAGCGCCACGUGGUGGAUUCUCCUUCCUGAUCCCGUCCAUGGUGGUGCUCUCCGAGCACCUUCUCCCUCGGAUAUCCGCACCAUGCUUUCUGAUAUCUGCGCCAACUCGGGUGCCGAUGUGAGCUUUGAAAAGCUGACCUUUUCGAUCAACGGGUCCGACGAUUGUGUCAAGGCUGCUUUGAUGGUCAUUCAUCAGAUUCCCUUUGUCAAACGCUCGCAGUAUCAGAUGCGUGUGAAGAUUGAGCUCGCAAAUGAGCACAAGGAAUUUGUCAGUGGCAAGAAGAAUGGAAAGAUUAACAAGAUUAUGGGACAGAGCAACGUUCAAAUCAUCUUUGAUGGCUUCAACGAGUACAACUUCUAUAUUGAUGUCUGCGGAUCUCAAUAUGAGGCCACCAAGAACGGACUGGAUCUCGUCGAGCAAGAAAUGCCUGCGUCCAUCUCUUUCCAUGUUCCUGAUCAAUACCACAAGCGCAUCAUCGGCAUCGGCGGUCAGCACAUUCAACGCAUCAUGAAGAAGUACUCGGUCUUUGUCAAGUUUUCCAAUGCCAUGGAUCGCGGCGGACUCGGAAAGGAGGACGAUGACGUCAAGGUCGACAAUGUCAUUUGCAGGACACCGGCACGUAACGCUCAAAACCUCGACCUCGUCAAGCAGGAGAUUAUGGACAUGGUCGAGAAGGUGGACGCUGAAUUCGUGUCUGAAACUGUUCCCAUCAACCGCCUCUAUCACCGUGAACUUAUCGCACGCAUGCCGGAACUGGAGACGCUAGAGAAGAAAUGGAAUUGCAAGAUUGAUUUUCCAAGCACCGAAAUGGCGAGCGAUCUCGUGACCAUCUCUGGGCCUGAAUACCAGGUACCGCAGGCGGUGGACGAAUUCUUGGGCAUGGUUCCUGAAAGUCACGAGAUUGUUUUUCCUGCCUCGCCGCAGCUGCGGGAAUUUUUAACCUCACAAGAAUUCCAGACCGACGUGUUAGACAAGCUCAAGGCACAGUAUGAGGUCGAACUUCACAUCAACAAUGAGCCUAGGCCGGCCGAUCCUGCUCCGUUCCCGACCGAGUCUCUUCUCCUAACGUACACACGCAACAAUGCUGGUGGCCUCAAGGACGCCAUUGACUUUUUGGUUUCCCGAUUGGUAGCCCACGGACUUGAUGCCACGACCAUUAAAGGCGCCAUCCCUCGUCCCAAGUCGGACUCAUUCGAAGAGUCCCUUCCAUUCUUCGACUCGAAGCUCCUGCAGCACGCACCAGCCCCGAUUGUCACCGAUUCACCUACGCGUUCGAGCUUUGGAGAUGACGUCGGCGAGCGCUCCAUUUUCGACAAGCUUCGCCGGCCGGGCAGCAUUUCCUCGCUUUCGUCCUUUCUCGAGCGCCGCAAGAACAACUCUCGAUCACCUGCGUCCUUUUUCAAGCAUGCAUCCAGCAAUGCUUCACGAGCAUCGCUCGUUAGCCUUGAGUCUCAAAGUUCCGGGUAUCGCAACCCAUGGAACGACAGCGGGGUAAAUCUCCCCGAAGAAGAUCAUCACAACGGCUGGGCAGCUAAGCUUGGAAGCAAGUUCUCCUUUGGCACCUCGCCCGGUGACAUUACGCCGAAAUACGAUCCUCGCACGUCCGUUGAUAGUGGACGACCGAGCACUUCGCACUCUACUUCAGGAUACCCCGGUCCGAUUGGACCUCCUCGUUGAACAUCAAAAUAUGUUUUUUUUUAUCACAGGAAAAAGGAAAUACCCCUUCGACUCUGAUGUCGAUUUGUUAAAUUUGUUCAUGGACUCUUCGCCCUUUGACAUUGCCAGUACCUUCUCUCUCUCUCCUUUUCGAGGAUCUUGCUCUUUGCAGGCCUUGAAACUUUUGUGCUUUUUUUUUUUCUUUUUCCAGAGAGUUCACUUCGUUACCGUCUCUUGGGAACACUUCGGCCCAUACUUUUUACAUGCGGUCUGCAAAAGAACUUUUUAAACAUGAAUGGAAGAAAAGAGAAGGCGGUU